UCCUCACGAGAUCGAAGGCAGCGAAAAGACGAGAGUGCCCCGCCCCUCAUCCCCGAGUCUCGGAACCCCUGGUAGGAAGAAGAGGUGAGCUUAGCAGCGAUGGCGGUGGCGGAGCUCUGGGAGACGCUGAAGCAGGCGAUCUUAGCGUACACGGGGCUGUCCCCGACGGCCUUCUUCACCGCCGUGGCAGUCGCCGCCGCGCUGUACCACGUCGUCUCGGGGAUCUUCGCGCCGCCGCCUCCUCCCCGGCAGCGGCCGCGCGAGGAGCCCGAGGCGGAGCCGCUCCCGCCGCCCGUGCAGCUGGGCGAGGUCGAUGAGGAGGAGCUCCGCCAGUACGACGGGUCCGACCCCAAGAAACCCCUCCUCAUGGCCAUCAAGGGCCAGAUCUAUGACGUCACGCAGAGCAGAAUGUUCUAUGGACCUGGUGGACCUUAUGCCCUAUUCGCUGGCAAAGACGCCAGCAGAGCUCUAGCCAAGAUGUCUUUCGAGCCCCAGGACCUGAACGGUGAUACUUCGGGCCUUGGGCCGUUCGAGCUCGACGCACUACAAGACUGGGAGUACAAGUUCAUGAGCAAGUAUGUGAAGGUCGGUACCGUCAAGAAGGCAUUUCUUGGAGAAGAGGGCACCAUAAGCACAUCCCCAGAAACAGCCACUGCCGAGGCAGAGACCGAGAAGGCACCCGCCGCUGAGCACAAGCCGAGGGAGGUGAGCUCGGAGGAGGUAAAAGAGAAGGAAGCCGCAGCUGAUGCAGCCAGCGCUGAGAGCUAGAGCAAUCCCAUAUACCCCCUUGUCAUGGCAAUAAAUCUGUAUCAUUCAGUAUGUAAUUUGUACCAGCACGUUGGACUUGGACAUGGGGAUAUGGUGCUGGUUCGCUGUUAUUGUUAGUCGGUCCCGGAGUGCUGGAUAUUACUGGGGUAGCGGAGUGUGGGCGUGUCUCCCAUUUGUUAAGUCGUCUGUUGAUACUUUUGGGUGAAUAAUUUAGCUGCUGUCUAAAGUA